AUGUUGACAACAAAUGAUAAAGAUAAAAUGUCAUUGCAAUCGUCUAUUGAUUCAUCGUCGGAUGAAAUAUGUUGGUUUGUUUGUCUUCCACAUGAGAUUUUUGAGAUGAUUCUUAAUUUUUUAAAUGAAAAAGAUAUAAAUUUAUUGAGUCAAACAUGUUCAAAAUUUUAUACGCUUCUUAAUAAUGAUAAAUUUUGGAAUUAUCUUAUAUAUCGUGACUUCCCGAAAUCGAUUGCACAAUUUUAUACUAUCGAUCUAUUUCAAAAACCUGAAAUAGUAGAAACUCAUAAUGAAAUUCGUCAACCAGAUUUUCUUCAUCUUCGACAAAAUGAUCAAAUCGAUAUUCUUGCCAUUAAUUCAGCUACUCACUAUAACGAUGAAGUUAUCAAUGAACGUCAUGCAAAAAUGUAUGUUUCAAAAGAUAAUUUUGUAAACAAUGUAGAAUUUUUUCAAUUUAAACAAUUCAAUAAAUCUUUGCAAAUUCCAUUCAAUAAAUUAAUCUACUUUUAUUUGAUUGAUCGUAAACGAUGUGCAGCAGCUAAUAUGAAUGUUGCUCAUCUCGAUAGAUAUAGUAUUGUCGAAGAACUUCAUUCAGAUAGUUUAAUCGGUCGUAUUAUUCAUUUACACAGUGAACGUUCUCUUGACAUAAGUGGCCGCUUUGAACAUAUAAUUAUGCCAGGAAAAUAUGAAGUUAGUUGGCGAAUGAAAGCUGAUGUAUAUGGUAUUAAUAUAUGCGGCAUAACAGAAUUUAUUGUAGUACCACAACAUGGAAAAUUACUAAAUUAUAGAAUGCAUGAAGAUGAUUUUUAUAAUCUCCUAUUUCAACAUCAAGAUUGUUGGUCGAUAAUUAAAAUGGGUCAAACAAUUAUCUAUGAACCAUCAACUGUUCUAGUCGCAAUACGAAAUUGGGAUAAUCGUGAAUGGAAAUAUGGUCUUUUAUGGGAUUGUAUUGAAUUGGCAUUAGUACCAUAA